GCUUCGUUCACCAGCUCCAUACAAACUCAAUCGCAUUCGCAACAAUGGGCAAAAGCAAGCUGAAAGUUGCCCUCGCGGCAGAGAAAGGAGUUGACUUCAAGAAAUUGAAGGAAAAGAAGAAGCAUAAGGAAAGGGUUAAGAAGCAACAAGAAAACGAAGGCAAGCGUGGUGGGGCUUCCAAAGCAGAUGCUGCCGAUGAGGACGACAGCGAUUGGGAGGGUGUCGACGAAGAAGAUGAGGACGAAAUUGAAGGCGGCGCACUCAUAGACUAUGAAGCCGAAGAGGACAGCGACGAAGAUGAGGAAGGAGAAGACGCUAUCGACUUCGAAGCCGUAGAUGACAGCGACGACUCAGAUUCUUCGAUAGAUCUCGAGGAAAAGAUAGAGCGCCCGCGAAAAUCUGCGCUGAAGGCCAAGAACGCCGCCACAAAUGGAAACAAGAAGAGCAAAAAGGAUGUUGACGAAGAAGAGGAUGAGGACGAAGAUGAAGAGGAUAUACCCAUGUCCGAUCUUGAAGACCUACCUGACGAGGAUAGAGAAGAUCUCGUCCCGCACUCCCGUCUUACCAUCAACAACACCUCCGCUCUCCUCGCAUCCCUCAGCCGAAUACAAAUACCCACCGACAAGUCCGUUCCCUUCGCCACACACCAGACCAUCGUUGGUGUCGAGCCGACAGCCGAUAGCAUUGAGGACAUCCAAGAUGACCUCAAGCGUGAACUCGCCUUCUACGCGCAAAGCCUAGAAGCCGCGAAACGUGCGCGCGCCCUGCUAAAGGCUGAGGGUGUGCCAUUCUCACGACCUACCGAUUACUUCGCCGAGAUGGUCAAGGACGACGGACACAUGGAGAAGGUCAAGGCUAAGCUCAUCGAAGAAGCCAGCAACAAAAAAGCCGCCACCGAAGCCCGUAAACUGCGCGACCUGAAGAAAUUCGGCAAGCAAGUACAAGUCGCCAAGCUCCAAGAGCGACAAAAGGCUAAGCGCGAGACCCUUGACAAGAUCAAGACAUUGAAGAGGAAACGUCAAGAAUCCUCCGGCGACAUCGGCGCCCGCGAAGCAGACCUCUUCGACGUCGGCGUCGACGACGAACUCAACAAGCACAACGCGCGCAAAGCCUUCUCACGCGGAAAAGACGGAGAGCGCAGCUCAGCCCCUAACGCAAAGCGCCAGAAGAAGAAUGACAAAUACGGAUUUGGUGGACGUAAACGGAAUGCUAAAUCCGGUGAUGCAGCUAGUUCAGGUGAUUUAAGUGGUUUUAAUCCGCGUCGCAUGAAGUCUGGCGGUGCUGGUGUGGGUGGAAAGGGCAAGGGACGGCCGGUGAAAAGCCCGAGGUUGGGGAAGAGUAGACGGAAUGCUGGCGCUGGGAAGCGGUGAUCAAGUGUAAGAAAAGGGUUGGUUCGUACUGCGCAAUAAAAAUCAGGUUCUAGAAUUAUCAUAAAGAUACCAAGUAUAUUACAGGAAUCCUCGUCGUACAUUGUCGCGUAUAGACGAGGUUUACACAUAAAUCAAGGCUUAU